CGAAAGGGCAGGGGCGCGGCCUCGCGGGGCACCGCCCACGCCCUUAAGGCCCAGCGCCGGGCGAAAGCGGGGUGUCGCCGAUCGGGAGAGCAGAGCCGCGCGCUGACCCAUCCCCCGCCAUGGCCCUGCUGCGAGGUGUGUAUAUCGUUGCUGCAAAACGAACCCCCUUUGGAGCAUUUGGGGGUCUUCUGAAAGACUUCACUGCUACUGACUUGACUGAAUUUGCUGCCAAGGCUGCCCUGUCUGCUGGCAAAAUCCCACCGGAAACUAUUGACAGUGUCAUUGUGGGCAAUGUCAUGCAGAGUUCCACGGAUGCUGCUUACCUGGCGAGGCAUGUUGGUUUGCGAGUGGGAGUCCCAAAGGAGACUGCAGCUCUCACCCUUAACCGGCUCUGUGGCUCUGGUUUCCAGUCCAUUGUGAGUGGGUGUCAGGAAAUUUGUGUGAAAGAUGCUGAGGUUGUCUUGUGUGGAGGGACGGAAAGCAUGAGCCAGGCUCCGUACUGUGUCAGAAACAUACGAUUUGGAACCAGACUUGGAUUAGAUCUCAAGCUAGAAGAUAUUCUGUGGUCGGGAUUGACAGAUCAGCAUGUCAAACUCCCCAUGGGAAUGACUGCAGAGAACCUGGCUAUGCAACAUAACAUCAGCAGGGAAGACUGUGACAAGUAUGCCCUGCAGUCCCAGCAGAGGUGGAAAGCCGCUAAUGAUGCUGGCUACUUUAAUGAGGAAAUGGCGCCCAUUGAAGUGAAGACAAAGAAAGGAAAACAGAUGAUGCAAAUGGACGAGCAUGCACGGCCCCAAACAACCCUGGAGUCUUUGCAGAAGCUCCCCCCAGUGUUCAAGAAGGAUGGCACUGUCACUGCAGGGAAUGCUUCGGGGGUGUCUGAUGGUGCUGGAGCUGUGAUCAUAGCUAGUGAAGAUGCUGUUAAAAAACAUAACUUCACCCCACUGGCAAGAGUUGUGGGCUACUUUGCAUCCGGAUGUGAUCCCACCAUCAUGGGUAUUGGUCCUGUCCCUGCUAUCAAUGGGGCGUUGAAGAAAACUGGACUGAGUCUUAAGGACAUGGAUUUGGUAGAGGUGAAUGAAGCGUUUGCUCCCCAGUACCUGGCUGUUCAGAGGACCCUGGAUCUUGACCCAAGUAAAACGAAUGUGAACGGAGGAGCCAUUGCUCUGGGUCACCCGUUGGGAGCCUCUGGAUCAAGAAUUACUGCACACCUGGCUCAUGAACUCAGGCGUCAAGGUGGAAAGUACGCUGUGGGGUCUGCUUGCAUCGGAGGUGGCCAAGGCAUUGCCCUGAUCAUUCAGAACACAGCCUGAAGAGAUGGGGAGCUCCCUGCCCCCCACCUUCCCUGGCCAGGCCACAGGCACACAGGUGACCGACCUUCAGAGUAGCUGGCCCACUGCCCAUGGCCUGCCACUCAGGCAGUGAUGGAAAGUGACCAGGCCCCGGUGAGGCAAGUGCGUUCGAUUUUCUUCGCUGUGCCAGGCAAACAUGAUGUGUUCCCGAACUGAGUCCAGCUGUAACAGGUUAAAGAAGUGUUUUCCUUGCCAAACAGUCACCACUUGUGCCUUAAAUAAUGUGAUGACAAGGAAAUGGAAUAAAUGCUGCCUUCACUUCAA